AUGUGUGUUUUUUCUUCAGAGAUUUACAUUAUAAACAGCGAAUAUGCUGAUUACUACAUUGUUUAUCAACUUGGCUUUUGUUACUCAACAGUUGAUGGUCGUGUCCAAAAGGUUUUUGAUGUUACUCAACCAGGGGAUACAAUUAAAACGUAUUCCCUUAAAUUCUCUCGAUUAUGUACUGAUGCUGAUGGCACUUGGCAAAAGAAAGAGUCUGCGAUAUUAGAAGAGACGACAUUAGACGAUCUUCCAGCUUAUAUUUUAAUGGAAAUAUCAUACCCCCAAUCAACAAGUUGUAGCAACCCAAAUAGAGCACUUCCCUCAUAUUAUUAUACGACUUUUGGAUGCACAGAAAGUGAUGGCUUACACUUCAAAAUAUCAGUGGAUGGCAGUAAAGUGCAUUUCAUAAAUUACAAUGAUGUCAAUUGCAUAAUAGAAAACAAAGAAGAUUUUACUCAAACGUUUACUUAUAACACGUGUGUUGCGUCUGAUGGUGAAAAUUCGCGAGCGACAUACAGUGCUCCUCAAUUUUACACAAUAGUAAAUUCACAAGAAAAGGGAGUUCAUUUUAAUAUACCCAACUUAACAAAUAAAAAAGGAAAUAAAACUAAAAUUGGUUUUAAAAAUAUUCAACUUACUGACACUAAUGAUAUGUACUAUGAAGUGAUGAUAGAGAAAAUAGUAUAUUAUUAUUCAGACACUUUUGAUACAACUUAUAAUCGUUGUGUGAUGGUCAAAGGAGGUAAGGUAUAUACUAUUAAAUCGUCAAAUUGUGCGAAGGUAGACACAACUCUUAUGACUGAAACAGCUUCGCCACGUGUUGAGCUAACAUCGUCGUUUAAAGAAUUUUUCUUCAAAAAAAUCACAUUUGGAACUGCUAACUGCGGUGGGGAUAACGCGUUUUAUCUCGAAAAGUAUUUUAUUGAAGCGGAAAAUUGUUUUAUUACACCAGUUGGCUCACAAAAAUUUUCAACGAAAAUGACGGAAGUCACAAUGUAUUAUUAUCGAGACAAUAUGUGCAAAAAUUCGACAGAUACCAUUAAAGAAGCAUUUAAAUUUGACAGUUGCGAAACAUUUAAUAACGAGUAUUUUACUUUACAAUUAGAAAAGGUGUCGUCAAAUGUCACAACUACAGACAGUGCCAUUUGUGGUUUAAUAGCUAGUUUGGUUAUAUCAGUAUUGAUGUUGUUUUAA